CUGAUCUCGCUUCGCCCGUGUGUGUUCGCCCUGCCAGCAGACCCGUUAAAACAAGUCGUCUCGAGACCAGGCGGCCGCCAUGUUGGAGUUUGGAUGUUCUCUCGAAAAUCGAUUUUGAAGUGUCUUCUUUCAUUCGCCGCGUCACAGAUUGUGAAGUUUUGCAAGUUUUGACAAUUCAAGUCGCGCGUCGUCGUCCUCAGCGCGGUUGGGGACACGCCGUUUGACGUCCGCCGCUAGGGCUCGCUGCAGGUUGCAAUAAUUUUGGAGCCGUUCGCGAAGAGCUGCAGAUUUUCUGGCGGAUCGCAUCAACGUCUCACACAACACGGUUGGGGGUCGCGGUGCGGCAUCUUGCAACCGACACGGAGCGAAAUAUCCAACGGGCGCCGUUCAGUAAAGCACAAGACGGAUUGUGCGUUCUCGUCUUGUCGCAGUUGGGUCGAAUGUACCGUCAGCGAUCUAGUUGGCUGAGUAGUUUCACGCUAAAGAUAAAGCAACAGUUUUGCCGAGUCUUUCUUCGCGUAGAUUGCACACCAGCUAACGGCUGUCGCAACUUUCAUCGUGCACAUCGAUGCCGCUAGCAGCUACCGUACGCAUUCCAUCAUACGGUUACGGAUUGCAAACUUCUUCAAGAAGGCGACGGAGGCGACGAGAAGUGACCCGGCAACAAUAUUUGCAACAUCUGUGCUAAGGAAGUUUAACCACCAUCGACAAACGGAACGAACGCACGAAAGGUGCAGGUUCAUUAAACGCAAGCGUCAACAAUAACAAUAUCAUCAACGCGGUUUGGUCAGACGACGAGUGCGUUAGGAACACCGGAAGCUAUCGGGCAGAACAAAAAGGGAAGCAGCGUAAAAGACACGGCUAAAAUCCAGUUACUUUCACGCUUAAACGCGCGCGCUGUACCGAUAAUACGCGGGGAACGAGUAACGAUAGUAAAGCGGAGGAAAGAAACGCAGCAAAGAUGCAGAAGAAAAUAAUACAACAACCGAUGCCGCAAGUGCGGAAGGUUUUCACAACAUCCACGGCUCACCAUCAAACACACCAAAUGCAACAGCAGUCCAACAUGCAGCUGAAUACGGUGAAAAAGAUCAACAGUUUGCUGCAGAGCGGUUCGGUCAGUAUGACUCCAUCUGGUCAGCAGCAGCGAGUUUUGCAGAAGAAGCCCAUGUCCACCACAACGGGCGUGCUGAUCUCGAGUAGUAGUAAUAAUAGCAGUUUCGUUGCACGGCAGCAAAAAUGUUACAUCUGCGGCGAUAGUGCGGGUAUCAAUGCGACCGUAUUAUCCGAAGCGUCAACCACAACAACGCAAACCGAGUAUGUGGUGAAGCUGGCAAAGGUGAUCGGUCCGGACUAUUCGGUCGUAUUGACGGUGGAUGACGUCAUUUGUCGCCGUUGCAUUGUGUUGCUGAAUCAGGUGGAUAAAUUGGAAUCGGAACUGGACACACUGCGCGGUACGUUGCUUGGUUUUAUCCACAAAAAGAAUAACAUCCCAGAUGAUGGUGAUUUGACAUCGGGUGUUGUUGGUUCACCACCGGCUAAGAUGCCAAGGCUAACGCCCAUCAGCUCGGCCGGUACUGGCGGAACGGUGGCAACAUCGGCCGGUAACAUAACGUACAGCGUAAAAACGAUCGCGGGCCAGCAACAAGUGGUGGACACUAACAUGUCCGGUGCCAGCUCCGAUCUAAAUGCCAGUAACACCUCGGAUGUUGAAGCGCAGCUUACGAGUAUGUUCGAAAAGAAUUCACCGGGAACGUCGGGCCAACUGACAAAGCAACAUAUUGUGGUCACGACAAACAACGGUGGCGUGGGGGAAAACGCACAGGGAGCCGGCGGUGGUGGCCUGGCCGCAAACCGGAAGGGCACCAAACUGUACAAGUGCAUACCGUGUGGAUUCAAGACAGCCGACCUAGCCCAAUUCCAACCGCAUUACGCAACCUGUCAGCCACGGAAUAAUGCAGCAUCGGCACAAAACGCCAAUGCUGUAAAUACUUCCACCACCACCACCGUCACCAGCGGGUACCGGUGUAGGCAAUGUAAGCUUUUGUUUGCCAAUCCCGCCUUGCUGAAGCAACAUAUGGUGCAGGAAAAUCAUCAUUCACAGCACCAGCCGCUACAGAAAACGAUCGUCACCACAUCGGGUGGUGUGGCGACACAGGACCAUCAACAGGGUGCGACUGCUACAACCACCUCGCUGUACUCCUGCACCGUAUGCAAUGCCUUCAAGACAGUUGACAAACAGGCGUACGAUGACCAUUUGCGGAAGCAUAUCAAGCUAAAGCCGUUCAAGUGUCGCGUCUGUUUGAUGCGCUUCGAAUCCCGCGAACAGGCGUCGAUCCAUGCGAAACAGCAUCAGCCGGACUACUUCAAGUGUGGCAUUUGCAAUGUCACUUUCAGCAAGCGCGAGCAGCUGAUGAGCCAUCUCGAGGUGCACGAAUCGGCUAAGAAGAGUACGAAACAACCAGUCCAGCAAGUCCAGGAACAUCAACAACAGCAACAGCAGCAUCAUCAUCAACAGCAACAGCAGCAACAGCAGCAGCAGCAGCAGCAACAGCAACAACAGCAACAGACGGCUGAUUCCUCCACGCAGAAACUGUUGCAAGAAUCGAUCGAUGAGGCACUUAGGGAAACGAUCGCCGAUUCAAAGGUUAUCGAGUUUCACACCUGCAACUCCUGUUCGCUGACCUUCCUGAGCGAAAAGUUGUACACGCAGCACAUUAAAACGCACGCACACGGUACGGCAACCACACCGACAGUCGUGACAACCGGUCUGGCACUACAGCAACAGCAAUCGCACCAGGGACAGUCGCAGCAGCAGCUGCUGCUAACAAACAACAGUACCGCGAGCAGGAAAACGAUGGCAGGAGCUAACAGUGCAGCAACAGCUACGACCGGCGAUAGUGCAAAGAUGCUUACUACGACUACCACCACAACCAGCGGUGGAAACGCCGGCUCGAACACAAUCUCCGACGGUGAUCUCGAAAGCAUCUUUGAACGAAUGCACUCCGACACGAAAGGAAACGAUUCGAGUGCGACGGGAACGACAUCGGAUAAUGGUGGCAGUGGCAGCAUGGUUAUAACGAAUCAGGACGGUACGACGGGCAAUAUUACGUUCAACAUUACACUACCGCAGCAAGAAGAUGGAACUUUCGUGCAGCAGCAACAGGAACACCAACAGUCGGUCGGUAUCGAUAUGCCUACGCUCGAUCAGGGCGAUGAUCAGCAGCAGCAACCUCAGCAGAAAGAGCAACUGCAAACCAUGCCCGUCAGUAUGCCGAGUCUGGACGAUGAUGGCGAACAGUCGCAGAAUAGUCAAAACUCCAACACGGAAAACGUACCGAUGGAGCUGGAGGACAUGCAGGGCGGCGAAGGCCAACAGAUCAAUCUGAUCCUGAACGAUGGUCAGGUGCUGCAGCUUGACAAUCACAUCCUGACUACGGACGCGGAAGGUAACCAGAUACUGGUGCAAGGCACCGACACGGAACAGAUCCAGCAGCUGCUGCAGAGCGUCGGCGUUGUAAUGCAGGGCGGUGAAGGGCUCGGUGAGGGCGAAACGUUGCAAAUGAUAAGCGGCGAUGGGAACAAUCAGAUGAUCCUCGUGCAGGGUGCGGACGGGCAGGAGCAGUUAAUCGACGCGUCGUUACUCAACGCGGAAGGUAACAUCGUCAUACAGCAGUCCCAGGAAGGUGAACUGAACGCGGAAGGUACACACAUUACGACCGAGGAUGGUUUGCAAAUACCGGUAUCGGUUGCGUUCACCACAUCCGGUGAGGCCGGUCACGAGGGUCAGUUGACGGUAUCGGUUGCGGAUGGUAGCGAGCAGCAAUUGCAGCUGCACCUACAGCAAGCCGGUACGGGUGAGGGCGAUGAGCAGCAUCCGGAUGAGACGGAUGAGCAUCAUCAUCAGCAGCAGGGAGCUAUUUUGACGGAGAGCGGACAGAUUAUCAUACAAUCGAAGGAACAUGACGAAGACGAUGCAGCAAAGGCUGGAGAGGAAAAUGGAUCGGCAAACGAUUCCAUGACGAGCGAAGGUGGAGCUGCAGCAGACGGUGGUGGUCAAACGAAUGGCGGCGCCGAAACGACGGCUAUGACAAUGGCCGGUAGUUCGAAUGGUACCGUUACUACCACGACAACGACUACGUCCGGAUCGGCUACGAACGCGGUAUCGUCGUCCGGUGCCGGUGAGGACCAGAUGUUUAAUUUUGACGAGCUGAUCCAACCGCAGAUCGUUGUAAAGCAGCAGGUUAAAUAGGUUUUCAUAUGAGCAUCCAUCAGUGCACACAAACCACAAUCCUCUCUAGAGAGGAGAGUGCGAUAAGGACAUUUUUUAAAAAAGGAGAUAUCGGCAACGGGUGCAGUAAACUUGCGCCUCGUACUACCCCAACCCAGCAGCCCAACAUCUAAGUGCGAAAUGCCCCUUACUGACUACAGGAUCGGGCGGAUAUCUGUGAAACAGAGAGAGAGAGAGAGGAGAUAGAAAGAGAGAGUGAGAGUAUGUGCAACAGAUAGAACGAGAGCGAAAACGGGCAAGCCAAUAUGAUGUGUACAUGCUUUAAUAUAGGAGUUUUAGUUUUUAAAAAUUCACCGGAAAGAUCACAUUGUCCUGUGUGGUUAUACAAUUCAUCAUCUGUCCGGAGAAUAUUCAUUGUAAAUAUAGCACACCAUUCUAUAAAUUUCACUACAAAAAGGCCCGAUCGAAUAGGUUUAUAUGAAACAAUGGAGCAAAAGCCGAAGGUAGGAUGUGACAGGGAGUACAUGAUGUAAGCGUUAUGGAAUACCAUAUUGAAUAUGUAUGUGUGUGUGUGUGUGUGUGUGUGUGUGUGAGUGCGAUCUCUCUUGAUCGUUAACUGCCAUGUCAGCCCCUACCCAAAUCAACAUGCUUUCUUGCUCUGUCUUAUUAACAAUGAAAUCUGCCAAGGCGAGCAAGCAUGUUGAUUUGAGUAGGGAGUGUUCCAAAAAAGACUAGGCAGUUAACGUGUUAAGGAUCGUAUCUUCUAAUCAGUAAUGGGUCACACACACUCAGCAGGCAAAGGAUGUUUUGGUUUUUCUCUAAUGGAAGGGAAAUGGAAUCCGCCUCAAACAUGUUACACACACACACACACACACACACACGUGUAGUUUGAUCUGUCUGUCUACUGAAGGAUCUUACCUUCAGCAGCAACAAUGGAAAAAGGUGUACUUGUAUCAAACAGGAACCAGUUCUCUAAACCCCUCUUGGAGAAUUGUGUGUUGUAAAUAUCCUUUAGCUCAGGUUAUUGCAGCACUUUAAAAAAUCCUAAAGGCGGGAAACAAACAAGUACUCACCAACACAACUUUACAGAAUCUUAACGAUUCAUAUGGACAUUAGUUUUAUUGAUGUACACGAUCAUUCAGAAAGGUAUGAAGAGGAUUAUAACAGAACAUGGUGAGAAGGUAAAAAAAACAACACCUGGCAAUGCUUCAUAUCGUCCCACAUUUUCCUCCUUUUUUUUUUAAUCAACACCCAUCCUUUCCCUCACUUUAGAUACUAAUCUUACUAUUACUAUUACACAAAGUUAGUAGUAGUAAACAUAACAAAACCCCCCCCUUAGCUUUAAAUAUAAACUUUGCGCGAGCGCGUGUUUGCUGAAUGGAUGGAUGAAUGGAAUCGAAUUACAAGUUAAUUACAACAUUUAGCUGUUAACGUAAUGGAGUAUCGUGAAUAAGGCCCGGGAUAGGAGUAGAAUUGAUCUAGGUUAAGGAUAAGCUCAAGCUAAAAUCAAUAUGUAAUGCAUCGUGAACUGGGCAACUGCGCGCGCCUGACCGAUUGAAUAACACAUACUUGAGCCGAAACGAUCGAUUUGUUAUAUGAGCCAGUAAACAGAAUGGCUUAAAGUUGGUGAUGGAAAUAUCCGACAACACCCAUCUACAUCUCAUCUGCUGUGUGCAAGUGUAUAAGGACACGCGUGUUUUCAUCACACCACACACUCAGCCACGCACACAAAACACAUACAAACGUAAAUCUUAUAAACGUUUCACAAUUUUACACACAAAAUGUAAGGUUAUUCUUUUGAGAUAAACGUUUUAAUUACCCUUAAUGAAACUUAGUAACUAGAUAGUUUUACAUCCUAGCGUUAGUUUAGCAAUCACCGAAUAAAAUACAACACGAGUUGCUUAAAGCCAGUUUUAAUUGUUUAGCUCCUUGCGAAUCGUAUCUUUUCCGUUACGGCGCACUUCUUUCUAUUCUACAUCUGAGCACUUGUGGGUUGCAUUAGCUUCCGUACGCGAGCCGAGGUUGGGGUUUUAGGACAUGUUGCGCUUUAACCCUCGCCCAGCCUCCCAUAGAGUUUUGUGCGUGUGCGGUGGGUGUGUGGGUAUGUAAAUGUGUGGUUUUGAAGAUCUGAAUUGUGGAACGGAUAAUAAUAACAAACGCUAGGGAAUGUCCUGAUGAAAUGCGAACAAGUGGUGUACGUAUGCAAUGUAUCAUAGAAGUGUAAAUAAAAAUGUACCGACAAACGUUAGGGAUCAGCUGCUCUUUAGUAAAACACACACCGAAUUGGCAGGACACAAAUACAAUACCUAGCGCGAUGCUAUAAUGAAGGACAGAGCAGCAGUAAGCAGCGUUUGAUAAUAAAUUUACGUACACCGAGCUAGAAGUGGCGAAUGUUAACAAUUUGUGCAUCCCCGACGAAAACCAGUCUCCGGCUUGGCUUACGGUGUAACAUACAUUUGGCUCGAUUAAUUAGCAGUCAUAGAGAAACCAAAACAUUUGCUUGAGUAUAAGGUUUUUUUUUCGUUUGUUUAAAUGACGCCAUUCUUAUAAUAGAUAGGUUCUUCUUAUGCUUUUGUUUUUUUUUUUCGCACGACCUAUUAAUAGCAUUAAGUUAUAAUUUUAAGUACAGUUUCAGUGUUAAGAUUAAAGUUUUUUUUCUCUUUAUUUUCUUAUCCCGCUAGUUUAUGUUGUUCUUAUUACUUAUCUUUUAACUGCUUAAGUUGAAAAGUCAAGCCGCAUAUAGCUUUUAGGGUUGCGAUUGCGCUUGCACCUGCCUCCUCCAAUCGGGUUGGAGAGAAUUUUAGAAAACGACAAAUGUUGUGUAUGUAGAUGGAUGGCAAAUGGUUUGACGGUGGCAAAAUGUAACAAAACAAAUACAUAAAACAAAAUCCGUAAACCGUCAUAAUAAUUGUAAGAAUAACAAAUUACAAGGGAAAACAAAAGAGGGAGAGAGAGAAAGAGAGAGCGAGUGUGAAAGUACGAAGAGUGCUAAAACAAACAAUGGAGUGUGUUCCAAUGAGAAAUGGAAAUGGGAGGCGUAGAUUUUAUCAUUUAAUCAUCAUUUAGAAAGGAAUUAUUUAAAAGAACCUUAUCUAUAGGGUGUUAAGGAUUUAUGCAAAAUAAAUGUUGCAAAACAAGCAGAAGAGAGAGAGAAAUGAGAGAGUGGGGGAGAAGGAGCGGGAAUAAGGGCAAAAGAGAUAGAGAGAAAGACAGAAGAAAAAAAGGAAACAAAAAAAUUAAAAAGAAUAA